AUUUCCGGAACUUUCAUCGAUAUGCAAUCAUGGCUUUGGAUGUCGUAAUAUCAUUAUUUGUUGAUUUUUUACUGGAAGUUUACUGCAAAGUAUGAUUUUGUUCAGGAUGUUCUCAAGACGCUGCGAAGGAUCAUGAAUCUGGAAUUUGCUACGAAAAACAAUGCUUCCAGCCCUCCAUAUGCCCUUCUAGUACGGAGUACAGUAUGCAAGUUCGGAAUCACCUGCAAACGUCGGGGUUCAAUGGGACACUGCAUUUAGGUUGGAACUAGAACACUGUUCGACGUGCCAGGUUUUAGGAUCUGAAGCAGUUGGAUAGCAUAUAGUAUUCCUCGGCAUCGCUGACACUUAAGAUAUCUCACGGUCUUACAUGCAUCAAUAAACUCAUCUUUCGUGAUUUCAAAGUAUCCUACUGAAGUUUAGCCUCAAUACUUUGGUACAGCAUGCCUCUGGAACACGGCGAGCUUCCAACUAGAGAGGCAUAUGAAGAUGCCGUAUAUCCUGAAUUCUACGACAUGCUUAUUCCCAGACUGUUCAGCGAUUCCAACACAAAUGAAGACAUUCGCCUCGCUGUCAAUCAAAUGAAUGACAUGCACGUUAAAUCCGCCUCAGACCGAUUCGCCAUCCUCGAUAUUGGUACGGGAACGGGCCGUGCCGCGCUUGACCUUGUGAAGGCCAUGCGGGCGGAGGAGACACUCCAUGGAAACAUCUUCGACAUACUUCUAUUGGAGCCAUCGGCAUCCAUGCUUGUUGAAGCCGUCGCAAAACUCGCGGAUCUCAGUUGCGCCACUUCGGCCAGCACGGAUACCAGAGCAAAGAUUGGCGAUGUUCAGACCUUUCAAAUUCUCGCCGAAGAUCUUGGGGAGACGCUCAGCGACAAAGGACUUCUUGGGAAAAUCGACUUCGCUAUGUUCACCGCAGGCGGACUGAGCCACAUUACUGAUGAGCAGGACCUACGACGAUUCCUGAAGGGCACGGCGAGGUGUCUGAACGCCGACCACGGUCGGCUCAUGCUCAGCAUUUUGAACGAGUUCAUCUCCGACCAGCUAGCGGAAGAAAUUGAGACUGUGAACACCGAUGAGACGGUUUGCUUCCGCUCUCAAAAGCACCCCGGCAUGAGCAUGACGAAAUAUCCAACCAAGAUGCAGAUUGACCCGAUGACAGGCUGUCGAACGGACUCGUUCGUGUUUGAAACGAAAGCAGCGGACGGUGAGGUGGAAAAGAGGAUCCUUCAGUGGACAGUGCGGAUGACCUACCUGAAACAGUGGGAGGAAAUGCUCGCAGAAUGUGGACUUACAGUCGAAGAGACAAGGCAGGGGAAAAUCCAGAAAUAUUGGCUUCUCAAACGAGCAUAAAUUGGCGUCAGAAGGGUAGGGAUGCGUGUCCAUGUACGUACCUCUGAUCGAAUCGCGACUCUGCUGCUGAUACCAAUAUAGAUCCUUUACGGCAGAGUUAUAUAUGGUUGCAAAUAUUAUCAUGCAAUAGGAACUGCUCCCAUCGAUAAUGUGAUGUUGCCGCAAGGCUAGCUCCCAGCCAUGAGAGUUGGUUCAAUGCCUGGCUAUCCACGAUAGGACAGACGGCACAGCUGAAAUGCAGCCUGAUAAAUACGGAUUAAUGAAAUAGGUAAAAGGAAACCAUCUGCAGGUCGUCUUGCAUGCAUAUCAAGAGACAUGAUCAAUUCAGAAUGCACUCGCUUUCCCUUGUACGCGCUCCGCUUCUGAUUUGUCGGGAGACCUAGGAGAAUAGGUCGGGGUAUGUUGAUCAACCUCUUUUGGAUGACGCUCGCGUGGCCACUACAUGCGAGAAUCAAGGCUGUUUCCAAUUAUUCGGGCGAACUAGAAUCAGCUACAUGU